UUCACCUGGGCUGUGAUUGUUUUUAAAUUCACUAAAAAUUAUAUUCAGUACUUACACUUACCUUAAUAUUUUUAUAACUUAGUUAAAGCAUUUUGCAAGCUGAUAUGCCAUUGGGCGGUUUAGUAGAAGUAAGAUCAAACGCCUUGCGCUCAGAAUGCCAGGCGCAAAAUAUGAACAGCUGUCGAUAAAAAAUGAUUCCGAAGAAGACGUGUUUACCAGCAAAACAAAAGGAAAAUGGUCAGAUGUAUGCUUUCAAAAAGGCCUUCUUUCGUUAGGCUUAAUAUUACUGUAUUUCUCAUUGUCUAUCGGACUAACUUUCUACCAAAGAUGGCUUUUAAAGGAGUUUCACUACCCCUUGACUGUGGUUAUGUACCAUUUGGUUGUGAAAUGGAUGCUCUCAGUUUUGGUACGGAUGGUACUGUAUUUAAUAACUGGAAAACCUCAGUUAAUGCUGCAGUUUGUAACAUGUUUGCGGUCUGUUGGACCUACAGGUCUUGCUAGCGGGAUAGAUGUUGGUUUUUCGAAUUGGGGUCUAGAACUUGUGACAAUUUCGCUUUACACUAUGACCAAAUCUACAACAAUUAUUUUUAUUCUGGGAUUUGCCAUAGUUCUGGGACUAGAGAAAAAGUCAUGGUCAUUAGUUGGAAUCGUCCUCAUGAUAUCAGCUGGACUGAUCAUGUUUACUUACAAAGCGACACAGUUCAACCUUCUCGGUUUCAACUUGCUGCUGCUCGCAUCUUUUGCUGCUGGUCUUAGGUGGACGUUUGCACAAUUGCUAAUGCAGAAAUCGAAAUUGGGUCUGCAUAAUCCAGUAGAUAUGGUGUUUCAUGUACAACCGUGGAUGUUCCUGUCGUUACUUCCUUUCAUGAUUAUGUUUGAAGGAUUCAAGUGUAUCGAUUACGUGCUGAGAUUACCGCAAGAGGAGUUAAUGCCGACCUUACUGAAAGUGUCUGUUGGGGCAACGAUAGCUUUCGCGAUGGAGAUAAGCGAGUUCUUGGUCGUUACUUACACAUCUAGUCUGACGUUGUCCAUCGCGGGAAUAUUUAAGGAAAUGUGCAUUCUAGUGUUAGCAGUGGAGGUUAGCGGCGAUUUACUUAGCUCCGUCAACGUAGUCGGCCUGGCGUUGUGUCUAUUGGGCAUCAUUGGCCACAUAGUCCACAAGAUUCUGUUCAUAAAGUCGGUCGCUGGGACAGUGCAUGCAAUCGAUUUUGAAGAUAAUACAGACAGACCACGCAAACCAAAAUCCAAGGAAGAACACCAUGAGCCUUUACUGGAAACUCAUAAAUGGCAGAACGCGGCGAGCGAAGACAGUGAUUUCGAUUCCAACGUUGUCUUAUUCGAAGUGUUGCAAAGGAGGGAUGGUAGAUAGAGUGUUAAGCGUUCCCCACACUAAGGCGGUUGCGGUUGCGGUCAGUUGUGGCAGGAAGUAGUAUAUACUGUACGGAAAACUUCAAAUACGCGCGGUCAGGAUGCACGUACUACAUGCGGCCCCACCUAAUGACGCCUACCUUCCAACUAUGUAUAUG